AACACUUAUUUUCACCCAUAGGAGUCUCCGGCAGGUGAGCUCUCUUCCCCUUUGACCCCCGUGACUCCCCCCAUGGAAAAUAUCAACGGCACGGAUGAAAUCUGUGACACGACCCCCAACUCGGACACCCGCCCGGAGCCGGCGCAGAACGCUCUGGCCUUUGCACACAGCAGCCCAGCAAUGACAAAACACUGGGAGGCCGAGCUGGAGGCUCUAAAGGGGAACAACGCUAAGCUAACAGCGGCUCUGCUGGAAUCCACAGCCAACGUCAAACAGUGGAAACAGCAACUGGCUGCCUACCAAGAGGAGGCAGAGAGACUACACAAGCGGGUGACAGAGCUAGAGUGUCAGAGCAACCAAAGCCCAGUGAUUAAAUCCCAGAAGACCGAACUUAACCAAACCAUAGAGGAGCUUGAGAAUGCACUACGGGAUAAAGAAGAGGAAAUGGAAAAGUUAAAAGAAGAGCUGGAAAACAUGAAUGACCUGAUGGAGCAGAAAGACACUCUCACUCAGAAGCUUGAGGAGACGGAGCUGCGUGGCCGAGUGCUCGAGGAGCAGCUGGCGGGUGCCGAGCAGCGGCUGGAGGAGAACCAGGAGGAGCAGGAGAACUUCAGGAAGAGCCUGCGAACGCUGCUGGAGCUGCUCGACGGCAAGAUCUUUGAGCUGACGGAGCUCAGAGACACCUUGGCUCGGCUCAUAGAGGAGGCCAGCUAGAGACAGAGGUUCCAGAAAUCACAGAGCCAUAUAAGAUAAUUUUCAUACACCAACCCUGCCCCCAGUGCCACCCCUUCCUUAUGUGCUCCCCCUCAACACACACACAAACUGAGGCACUGCACUGCCCUCAUUCAUAUGUC